UUGGACCUCCGGGGUAUUUCGAAGACAUCCUGAGACCUCAACUCUAUUUGGUACAUUGCUCGGUACAAGUUUUUGUGCUGGUUCUGAUGCGUAGCUUAUGCCCAAAACAAAGAGCCCAGGACAAAGGGAUGGGUUUACAACAAAAAUGAGUAUCCUUCUCGGAAACCGAGUCAUUGCGUCGCCCUGUUUCACCUGUCCAUCGUAGAUGCCAGGUAAUAACGCGACCAACACAACGUCUGACCAUCGCGACACUACGGAGCCGGCAGCACUGCAUAAGUCCAAUUUCAGAGUCGCACCUAAUUCACUCAGGAAAAUAGCCACGGCUGCCCGUAACGGUUGAUCCAUAAUUGAUUUGUAAAUUCUAAUGAUUUUUGGAACGAAAUGGUAAAAGUAAGGUCCACGACCAUUCGAGGAACAGUCUCAACGAUAAUAAAGACGGCGGCGCGCAUGGUAGCAACGACGAGAGUAAUGGAUGAUAUUCCAAUGAUUCCAAAUGACGCAGUUUCUCUACUUACGAAAGAAAAACUUUUAGAGCGUUUUACUCCGUAUGACUACACCAUAGUCGUCCUGAUGCUAGUGUGUUCCGGAGCCAUUGGCCUGUAUUGCGCUUUUGCAGAAGGUCUCCAAAAGACAACACGCCAACUUCUAUCUGCAAAUGGCCGACUCUCCCCAACAUUUGUUUCGCUAUCGCUAACAGCGUCCUUCAUUUCCGCCACGUUUGUUCUUGGGAAUGCUGCCGAGGUGUACCAGAAUAGCACGAUGAUCUUCGUAACCAUUGGGUCAUACGUUUUCAUGCUGGCAACAACGGCUUCAUUUUUUGUGCCGAUUUUCUAUGAAUUGGGCGUAAACACAUGCUACCAGUAUCUUGAGUUGAGGUUCUCCCGAUUGGUUCGAAUGGCUGCCGUCGUACUAUAUAUUAUCGAGAUGCUGAUCUACAUGUCGGUAUCGUUGUACGCCCCAGCGCUAGCUAUAUCUAGUAUAACGGGAAUAAAAUUAUGGACAACCGUGUGUGCUAUCAGCAUCGUGUGUACUCUCUAUACAUCUGUUGGCGGAAUCAAAGCAGUAGUCUACACAAACGCAUUUCAGUUGGUUGUUAUGCUCAUUGCGAUGAUCGUCAUUGUGAUCUCUGGAUAUGCUCACCUCGGCGGCUUCAACAGGGUUUGGAAAAUUGCGGAGCGUGGGAAGCGAAUUCAUUUUACCGAUUUUCGCUUUGACCCUACGGUUCGUCACACCGUAUGGGGUCUCGUGAUAGGGGCAGCCAUCUCGAACAUGGGUUCCUAUGCUACUAACAACAUGAUGGUGCUUAGAUACUUCACUGUGUCGUCAUUAAAUGCUGCCAAAUGGGCUGUAUGGAUGAACUUACCUUUGCUUGUGGCAGUCCUUUCAUUAUCAUGCUUAUCGGGCCUUCUUAUGUUCGCACGCUAUCACGCUUGCGAUCCGAUAGCUAAUAAACAGGUAACGUCGUCAGACCAGCUGCUUCCGUAUUUUAUUUUGGAUGUUCUCGGAGCCACGACCGGCAUGUCAGGUCUAUUUGUGGCUGGGAUAUUCGCCGCUUCAUUAAGUUCGAUUUCUUCUGCGGUGAAUGCACUUUGCAACGUCUUCUACAUUGACAUCGUCCUGAUUUGUUGGCCAAGUAUUUCCUCUGAGACCGGAGCAAAGGUGAUUGUCGGUCUUGGAGCCGUGUUCAGUUUGUUGGCAAUUAUUCUCGUAGUGGGAACUUCGUCAAUGGGCCAGGUCCUUCCUGCCACCGUCGCUAUAAAUUCGAGUGUUGGUGCACCUCUCUUCGGAUUGUUUUUUGUUGGGAUAUUUUUUCCUACGGUUACAACGUUAGGUGCGCUUACCGGCUUCGUCGUUUCUCUGCCAAUUUCGCUCUACCUAAAUAUGGCGCCGAUCAUUGCUGAAGUCCAAGCGUUUACGCUAACUCAUUUAACAGUGAGGAGCUGCGUAGAAAACUUUCCAUCGGCCAAUUAUUCAACCACAGUCGCGACUCCCUUAACUGCAGAGAAUCUUCCAUUCAUAUAUCGGCUGUCCUAUUUGUGGAUGUCGAGUAUAUCCGUUUUUAUACAGGUGGUCGUGUCUUUACUUGUUAGCAAAAUAACCGGAAGCAAUGACCCAACGAAAAUGAACCCCAAUCUUAUCUGCACGCCGUUCGACAGUUGUCCAUGUUUAUCAGACGAAAUCAAAACUAUUUUAAAUUUUGGUGUUGGGAAACAUUUUGACGUUUUAUCUCGUGCCGAAGCUGAGAAAUUAACCUUUGGGGACGUAUUGGGUUCAGCUAGAAUGAAACGACCUGAAGUAGAGGAAUCGAGUGACCUUACGACUAUGCCAAGCGAGAGCUCAGAUACUAUAACUAACAUCGGAUCCCGAAUUUCCUGAGGCAAAGAAGUAUCUGAUAUACGUAAAGAGCAAUCAGCGUAUUAAAACCUACCCAAGUGGUGUUGUAGAUUUUAACGUG